UUCAUUGCCCAUCAAUGACAUCCAAUAAUCGUCAAUGGCUACCCAUCUCCAGAUAUUCUGACGCGGGGAAGCUCCUGAUACUGUAGCUCACCACGUCAUCCCUCCAUCAUUCAAAGCUUUUAGAUCAUUGACUGAACCCUAUUAAAUAGCCAAGGUCCCUCAAUUGCUGAGAUCCAUUUACUGCUUCAUAAUAAUUGCUGUAUUAGAAGAAUAAGUCAAAAUGUCCAUGAGAUUAAUCCUUCGUCCUGUGGUGCGAAUGCCACUCCUCCGUCCCCAGAUCCGUCUCGCAACUUCAGACCCUACACAUGUCCAUCCAGAUGGUAACCUCGGCGGUCCGGGAGGUCAGCAGCCCCCACCUGCACGACCCGGCGGUCCAGAAGCCAUCGCAAGGAACUGGAUGCCCAUUGCUGCUGCUGCAGGUGUGAUCGCAGGCGGCGUCUACAUCAUGCUCCCCACACGAGGAAAAUCACCUGAAAGAACUCUUGAAAGCGAUAUGGUAGCUGCCAACUCGACUGCGAUUGGAUACAUCGGUCAACCAUCUGGAAAACCAGGUAUUGCUUCUCAUUAUAAGGAAUUACGAGAUGGGAAAGAGGUUGAGUCGAUGAAGGAGCUGAGUGGGAGGAAAGGUGGUGGUUCAAUGGGUCCCUUCCGAGCGGAAUAAAUAACGAAAAUGUAUUCAUAACAGAGGCGAAUUGCCCAGAGUAUCAAA